CUCUUCUUCCUUGUCAAGAAAGUUACUGCCAUCGGCGGAAACAAAGUCAACAUCACAGAUAUUGUAGGCUUUGUUCAGGAAGAUAAUGAGCGAGAUACGAUUUCCCUACUUAUCAGCUGUUUCGCCACGCUUGGGCUGUGUGUUUACUCGGCUGUUCACCUAAACAUACCGCGCAAGGGCGAGGGCAACUAUCGAGUGCUACUGAAGGAACUUCAAUGGUGUAUUCUCGGUCUAUUUGCACCAGAGUUGAUAUUGUACACUGCUUGGAGACAGCUGGCUUCUGCAAGACAGCUAUGUCUUGAGAUAGAAAACAUAACAAUGACUAAGACUCAUGUGGAGGACCCAAAAACGUCAUGGACUAUCACACACGGAUUUUACGCUAGUAUGGGUGGUUUCGCCAUCGAGCUAGACAGUACCGACCGUCGAAAUGGGGCGUUGUUCAACGAUAUGACGCGCUUCACCUUAACGGCGAAAGGUGUCGCACUACUCGCUAAGUGUGGACAUGUUGUAGAUAUAUCCCUCGACGAGAUCAAGGACAAGAACAAAGCAGACGGUCUUGCAAAACUCCUUGUGUGCAUCCAAGCAGGAUGGAUGAUCGUCCAAGUUAUCAUUCGUACUGCCAUCGGACUGCCGACCACCUUGCUCGAAGUACAUGUUGUAGCCCAUGUUGUUUGUGCGCUCGUUAUGUACAUCCUAUGGUGGCAUAAACCUCGCCAGGUAACCUCCCCCACUAUCUUGAAGGGGGACUUGAUGCCUUUGAUCGCCUACAUGUACAUGGCAAGCCGAAUGAGUGGGAGGCAACCUCAAGGCAAGCUCUCUAUCUUCCGAUCAGCCACUCCCGAACUGGCAAAGCUGGCUUACUUUGAGAACAAAGAUGUGCCAACCGGUACGUGUGGCGACAGGCAAAGUUUGAAUGCAACUCGACUCUCUACUGCCGGUAGACUGCGACCACGGCCCGAUAUCCGAAUUGCGAACCAGGAGGCUGAGCCAGCAUUAUGCAACUCUCCAAUGGAAGCUGCGUCUGAGCUGCAAAAUCUUGCAGAAAAGGCUAUCCAGGUAUAUCCAGUCCUCAAAAACCACUUUCACUCUGUAUCCGAGAGAGAAUGCCCAGAGCCGGCAUACAAGGUCCCCGAAGUAACCGAACUGAUGCAACCAUAUGCCAUCGACUGGCCCAACGAUGGUUUACUUCGGCGCACUCAAUCUCUCGUCAUGGGAAUGGUGCUUUGGGGUGCGUCUAUGGCAUACGGCGGCAUACACGUAGCUGCAUGGAACUAUUUCUUCCCCACGCGACUAGAGCAACUGUUUUGGCGCAUGAGCUCGGUAUGGGUAACAUUUUGUGCAGCCUUUUGGCUUGUGACC